AGGACACGACAUCACCGUCACCACAACCACCCAGCAUGGCGCCGCUCGUUGACCAGCGGCAGAUUCGGUCGGCCAGCUUGCACAACCCGCUGCCAUUCCAGCUGCAUCUCUACGUGUGGCCGUUCCUCGUCAUCUGGCCCGCGUUCUCGUCCAUCUACCUCUCCCAGGCGCGGUACGAGCAGUACAUCCAGUCGCAGGAAUGGACGUUUGUGUGGGUGGCGAGCAUAGUCACCCUGCAGUCGCUCCUCUGGCUGCUCACCCAAUGGAACAUCAACCUCAAGACGCUCUUCACCACCACCAAGGCCGCCGACAUCCGCUCCGCGCAGCUCAUCAAGGUGCAGCCCAUCGAGAACGCAGGCGGCGCGGAGAUCUGCCAGCUGAAGCGCGACAACGUGGGCGGCAAGCCGAACCUCUCGUUCCUCUUCCAGAAGCGGCGCUUCCUCUACGACCCGACCAAGGGCUCCUUUGCCCCGCUCGCCUACGCCCUCGACAGCGACCCGAAGCCGCAGCUCAAGACGCUGCAGCAGACCCAGGGCCUCGUCUCGCCCGCCGACGUCGAGCGCAUCCAGCAGCACUACGGCGACAAUGCCUUCGACAUCCCCGUCCCGACCUUCACUGAGCUCUUCAAGGAGCACGCCGUCGCGCCCUUCUUCGUGUUCCAGGUGUUCUGCGUGGGGCUGUGGAUGCUCGACGACUACUGGUACUACUCGCUGUUCACGCUGUUCAUGCUCGUCAUGUUCGAGAGCACUGUCGUCUGGCAGCGUCAGCGCACCCUCAACGAGUUCCGCGGCAUGAGCAUCAAGCCCUACGAGAUCCUGGUGUACCGCCAGAAGAAGUGGCAGGAGGUCAUGAGCGAUAAGCUGCUGCCCGGCGACGUGGUCAGCGUGGGCCGCACAAAGGAGGACUCGGGCGUUGCCUGCGAUAUGGUGCUGCUCGAGGGAUCGGCUAUCGUCAACGAGGCUAUGCUGUCUGGCGAGAGCACGCCUGUGCUCAAGGAAUCGGUCCAGCUCCGCCCUGGCGAAGCGCGCAUUGAGCCUGAGGGCCUGGACAAGAACGCCUUCCUCUGGGGCGGCACCAAGGUCCUGCAGGUCUCUCACGGCAACAGCGCAGAGGAUGGUGCGGACACGGUCCCGCGCCUGUCGUCUGGCGUGCCUCCGCCGCCGGACAAGGGUGCUGUUGGUGUCGUUAUCAAGACCGGCUUCGAGACCAACCAGGGCAGCCUCGUCAGGACCAUGAUCUACGCCACCGAGCGCGUCUCCGCCAACAACGUCGAGGCCCUCCUCUUCAUCCUCUUCCUCACCGUGUUCGCCAUCGCCGCCUCGUGGUAUGUCUGGCAGGAGGGCGUCCGGCUCGACCGGCAGCGCAACAAGCUUCUCCUCGACUGCGUCUUGAUCGUCACGAGUGUCGUUCCGCCGGAGCUUCCCAUGGAGCUUAGCCUCGCCGUCAACACCUCCCUUGCGGCACUCAGCAAGUACGCCAUCUUCUGCACCGAGCCGUUCCGCAUCCCGUUCGCCGGUCGCGUCGACAUCGCCUGCUUUGACAAGACCGGCACCCUCACUGGCGAGGAUCUCAUUGUCGAGGGUAUUGCCGGCCUUUCGCUGGGCCAGCCGGGCGUCAGGACCAGCACUGAUGGCGCGCACACCGAGCUCACCAAGGUCAACCAAGUCGGCACGCAGACGACGCUCGUGCUCGCCACCGCUCACGCUCUCGUCAAGCUCGAUGAAGGAGACAUCGUCGGUGAGCCCAUGGAGAAGGCUACCAUUGAGGCUCUUGGCUGGAAGGUCGGAGCCAAGGACACGCUGAACGCUUCGACUACCACCGCCAAAUCCCACGCCGAACUCGUACAGAUCCGCCGCCGCUUCCAGUUCUCGUCCGCCCUCAAGCGCCAGAGCUCCGUCGCUACUGUCCUGGUCAACAACAACAAUGGAAAGAAGGUCCGAAGCACAUUCGUUGGUGUCAAGGGCGCGCCCGAGACAAUCCGCAGCAUGCUGGUCCACGCCCCGCCAAACUACGAAGAGACCUUCAAGCACUUCACUCGCAACGGUGGUCGCGUACUUGCUCUUGCCUACAAGUUCCUCGCUGAGGAUGGCGAGUGGGGCCAGAACCGCAUCAACGAUCUUAAGCGUGAACAGGUCGAGUCGGAGCUUCACUUCGCUGGUUUCCUCGUCCUCCAAUGUCCGCUCAAGCCGGAUGCCGUCGAGGCAUGCCGUUCGCUCAACGAGUCUAGCCACCGUGUUGUUAUGAUCACUGGUGACAACCCAUUGACCGCGGUCCACGUUGCCAAGCAGUGCGAGAUCGUUGAUCGCGAGUGCUAUAUCCUCGAUGCGCCCGAGCACGACGAGUCUGGAAAGGCUCUUGUCUGGAAGAGCGUCGAUGACAGAGUCAACAUUCCCGUCGAUCCCACACAACCUCUGGCUGCCGACAUUCUCAACUCCAAGGACAUCUGUAUUACCGGAUACGCUCUCGCCAAGUUUGUUGGUCAGCCUGGCUGGAAGCAGAUCCUCCGCUACUCCUGGGUCUACGCUCGUGUAUCGCCAAAGCAGAAGGAGGAGAUCUUGCUCGGCCUCAAGGACUGCGGUUACACCACGCUGAUGGCCGGUGACGGUACCAACGACGUCGGUGCGCUCAAGCAAGCUCACAUCGGUGUUGCGCUGCUCAACGGCACGCGCGAGGAUCUCGACAAGAUUGGCGAGCACUACCGCAACACGAAGAUGAAGGAGAUCUACGAGAAGCAGUGCCAGAUGAUGACGCGCUUCAACCAGCCCCAGCCUCCGGUCCCUGUCCACAUUGCCCACUUGUACCCUCCCGGUCCCACGAACCCGCACUACGAGAAGGCGAUGCUCCAGCAGGCACAACGCAAGGGCCUCGCCGGUGCUAAUGGCGCUGCCAACGGCUCUACCGACGUCGCUGCGCGUCAGGAGAAGAAGCCUAUGGGUAUUCAGGAGCAGCUCAGCCAGAAGAUGAUGGAGUCUGAGCUCGACGAGCUCAACAACGAGCCGCCUACGAUCAAGCUUGGUGACGCUUCCGUCGCUGCGCCGUUCACUUCCAAGCUCGCCAAUGUCGUUGCUAUCCCCAACAUCAUCCGCCAGGGUCGCUGCACACUCGUUGCGACUAUCCAGAUGUACAAGAUCCUUGCGCUGAACUGCUUAAUCUCUGCCUACUCUUUGUCUGUGUUGUACCUCGACGGUAUCAAGUUUGGUGACGGUCAAGUCACGAUCUCGGGAAUGAUGAUGAGCGUCUGCUUCCUGUCCAUCUCCCGCGCAAAGACCGUCGAAGCCCUCUCCAAAGAGCGCCCGCAACACAACAUCUUCAACAUCUACAUCAUCGGCUCCGUCCUCGGUCAAUUCGCCGUGCACAUCGUAACCCUGAUCUACGUCUCCCAGUACGUCCAGCGCGUCGAGCCCAAGGACCCCAACCCCGAUCUCGAAAAAGAGUUUGAGCCUUCCCUCCUCAACUCCGCAAUCUACCUCCUCCAACUCAUCCAGCAAAUCUCCACCUUCGCAAUCAACUACCAGGGCCGCCCCUUCCGCGAAUCCAUCCGCGAGAACAAGGGCAUGUACUGGGGCCUGGUCAGCGUGUCUGCCGUCGCGUUUUCGUGUGCGACGGAGUUUAUCCCGGAGAUCAAUGAGAAGUUGAAGCUUGUGCCGUUUACCAUGGAUUUCAAGAUCAUGAUUACGACGGUUAUGGCUGGAGACUUUAUCGCUUGUUAUGUCAUUGAGAAGGGUCUCAAGUACUUUUUCUCAGAUAACAAGCCCAAGGACAUCGCUGUCCGUCGCCCUGACCAGUUGAAGAGGGAGGAGGAGAGGAAGAAGACGGAGGAGAAGGAGGCGCAGGAGAAAAAGAACAAGGAGAUUGAGGAGAAGGCGCGCGCUGCUGGCAUUGCGCCGGCUGCUGGCAUGAGGAGGUAGACGGUGACUAGAGGGGGUCUGAAGUCGUAUAUCUGGGUGCAUAGCUUGCGUAGACUGACGCCUGACGAAAGUUCAGGCUUGUGUAGUAAUAUCAUUAUUCUUCGCUCGCUG